AGUUUAUGGAGGACGGGAAGGGAAGCGGCGAGUCGCACGACGACAGCGAGUUUUAGAACCCCCCCUGCGUCUCUGAGCGCCUAAGAAUCUGCCUAAGCAGUGAUCGAACUGAAUCAGUAGGCACUUCAUAUCAUCAUGGCGGAUGUUCCGGAUUACGAGGGUGACGAGGAUAUUAUAGAGCAUUACGAGAACGAAGAAUCCGACAACGAGCGCGACAGCCACGGGGAGGGGGGGGACGCGGCUUCCGACGACGAGGCGGGAAGCGCGCGGAGAGUCGAUCCAUCCAAGACGAAGUCGCACGUGGUGAGGAAUCCCGCGCCCAAACUUAACACGGAGAGACUGAAAGGCCCGAAUGGUAUCCACACCAUCGAGAAGUAUUUCGAGGGCUUCAAGUUCUACGGCAAGGGACACGAGAGAACGGACCUCGACAGGAUCAUGAAGAGGCUGGAACAUUGGUCCUAUCGAUUGUUUCCCAAGUACCAUUUCGAUGAUUUUCUCACGAGGGUCGAGCAGCUGGGGACGAAGAAGGAUCUGCAGGUGUUUAUCAAGCGGUAUCGCCUGGACAUGAUCACCUCGGACGAGGAUUUGAUCGCUCGCGAUAACGUAGACAGAGACGACGAGGAUCAGCAGGAGAGCGCACCUCUGGACGACUUCAAUUUGCUAAUAACAGAACAGAUUCAAAAACAAAAGCAGGCCGAAACGCGAGCCUCCGCCGUUGCUCCCAGCACGUCGAGCGAGGACGCGUUCGACAAGCUCUUAACGCAGUCCGCUGGUACGCAAGACUCGCCGGUACCGCAUACAAAUACCACUGUCGCUAACGAGUUGAGUGACGAGGUGAAACAAAGAAUAGAGAGAAACAAGCAACUGGCCAUUCAGAGAAGACUCGAAAGGCAGAAGGAGCACGUAUUGUAACAGUACUUAAAGUUUUUGCUGUCCAUAGGGGACGUCACGUAGACGCAUUUAUUACACAGUAUAAAAGUCGCCUCAUUUAGAGCUACCCUAGAAAUACGAGUUGCUAGAGAUACGUGUAAAGAAUUUUUUCAGAAGCUUAUUAAAUAAACAUUUAGCCCUUA